CAUUCCAAAACCGAACCCAAACCCCAUCCCCCGUCUCUCGAUUCUUCCGAAGGCUUCCAUUCCCCGUCGCCGGUUUCGAAUUCUUUGGAGGCCAGGGUUGGGGAUUCGUGGGAGAUCGAAUCGUCUCCUCGGGCGGAUCUGUCGUUCGAGUCCAUGGCCACCUCCGGCGAUCAGUCGGGCGCCUGCGGGUCUGCGGCGGCGAAGGGGUCCAAGCUGCGGUACCCGCUGCGGUCGGCCGGCCGGGGGAAGUUGGAGCCGGCGACGGCGGACGCUCCUCCUACCGCCCCUGCUUCGCGAAGGGCCAAGCCAUCUUCAGAUGUCACCAAGAGCUGUGCUCUCGAUCUUUCUGCCGUGAAGGAUAAAUCAGCUAAACCUCCGCGGAGGCACUCAAUACCAACAAAGCCAGGUGUUAGUCCAAGGCCUACUCCUACUGGAACUAUUACUCCAGUCUCAGGGGUUCGGUCUAGGAGGUCAGACAGCCUCGGGAGGUGUGAUACCCCGACAUCAGAAGCAUCCAUGUCCACUGCAAGGCGCAAGUUCAGUACACUCUCCUCAGUCUCAUAUUGGAUGACACAGAUUAGGCUUGCAGAGGCUGCUUCCAAGCACUCUAUCUCUCUGUGCUUCUUCAAGCUCGCCCUUGAGUCAGAAUGCGAGCCUCUGGAUAGGAUGAGAGAAGAACUCAAGGCUUAUGUGGCCAGGCAUGGCCUUGCAACAGAAUUGGAGGAGCCGGUGAAGGAGAUUCUUCAGGUUUAUGAUAUCGUGGAAGAUUUUGAGAAGCUAAAGAUCUCUCUGGACUCCUCACAGGAGCCAAAAAAGUCAGACAAGUCUGCUGUUAGUGCCGCCAAUGUGACUCCAAAGGGUAAUCUGAAACCUAGGUCUCUGAACUCUGUUGCAACUCAGAGUAAAGAUGGCAAGAAAGAGAACAUUCAGAAGGAGAAACCUGAUGCAAAGAUCAGAGGUUCCUAUAACAAGAAUCCAGCCAAAAAUGCUCCUGCAAAAGAAGGUGCCAAAAAUACUGUCAAGAAAACCAAGAAGCAGGCUAAGGAGCAGCAAGAAGAUUGUAAUGGAGGCAGUGAGGUUUCGCCAGUUGAGGCAGACCAAGAAUCUGUUGAUGUGGUGAAGGAGAUCACAUACGAAGAUAAGGAGAACAUGGGGGAUGCUGAGAUGGCAAUAGAUGCUGGCAACGCCGUAGCCCAAGAGGUCUAGAACAGAUGGACCGACUUCAGAUUCAAACCUUUUGUUUGCUGAAUAUGAAGUAUUGAGUGUGUGGUGCUUGUUUUCUUUCGCCGUUGUUGAUAUGUCACUAGCACUUGUCUAUCCGGUUGUCAAACCGUAACAUGUCUUUAAGAGUGUGUAUUAUGGUUUGCUGGGUGAGACUGCUCGCUUGUAUUCUCUUUGUUAAGUCAGUUUGCCUGUCCGUGUCCAGCUUCUGAAUAUAGCUGAAUUCUUUAUUUGUGUGAUCCCCCUUGAGCAGAAAAUUCUCCCU